AUGCUCAAAAAUCUAACGUCUUUUCGGUCAGAGUUGUUCAAUAAUAUUAAUUCAUUAUCACCAUCAAUAGCAGCACAUUCACAUUUCAAUAAAGUUCAUCAUUGUUUGUUCUUUACAAUACCGAAACUAAAUGAUCUUUUAUCCUCUCAGAAACAGUACACUGGUGAAAAAAUAAUAGGAUACUCACAGUCACAACUUUACGAAGUAGUAGCAAAUAUUAAUGACUACCACCUUUUUGUUCCCUACUGCACCAAUUCAACCGUGCUCUCCCAUGUGCAGUUAGAUAGUUCCGAUGACUUUAUGACUGCUGAACUGGGAGUCGGGUUUCAAGGGUUCGAAGAGACUUAUAUCUCGGAGGUUACAUGUCAUCGUCCAAAAUUUGUAAAGGCUCACGCAUCAUCAGACAAACUUUUUCGGCAUUUAAUAUCCAUUUGGCAAUUUAGACCACACAAUGUAUACCCCGCCACGCACUGUUUCCUCAAUUUUCAGCUAGAAUUCGAGUUUGCUUCGCCAUUGCAUGCACAGAUCUCUAAUAUGUUCUUUGAUCAAAUGUGGACAGAUAUAUGGUCCGCCGGCUGCUGA